UAUGUAGAAAAUGAAAUCCUACCUGCGACCUACCUGUGCCCUCCCUCCAUCCCUAACCUUCCCACCAAACCGUACCUACAAAAUUCAUUAUAUGUAGAAAAUGAAAUCAUACCUGCAACCUACUUGUGCCCUCCCUCCAUCCCUAACCUUCCCACCAGACUGUACCUACAAAAUUCAUUAGUAUAUAGAAAAUGGAAUUCUACCUGCGGUCUACCGUUGCCCUUCUUCCAUCCCUAA